AUUUCAUCUCGCUCGCGCGUCUCAUUCAGACCAGCUGUGGGCGGCUACUAACCCUAGCGCGGCGAAGCCCUGCCGGAUUCGAGCCCCGAGCCCGCCUCUGCCGCCUCCGCCCCCGAGCGCGUCCGCCGCCGCCUCAGCUCUCCCUCGCCCGCCCCCGCUCCCUCGCCCCCGCACCAAAACCCGCACGCCGCCGCCGCCUCUUCUCCCGCGAGCAACCGCCACGCCGCCGGAGCCGCCGCCACCCAACAUCCCCGCGCCGGCGCGGAGCUCGUCCGCUGCGGCCCAAAGCCGAAGGACGCCGGAGGAGCCUCGCCGAGAAUUCGUCGCUGCCCGGAGCUCGACCUGCCCUACCUCGCCGCCGACGCCACCUCGACCUGCUGAACCCCGUCCACCUCUUCGUAUACUUCCCCGAGCAUCCCUUCACGGAUUCCGGUCGUGUCCAGUGAGAUUUUGUGGUGCGAAAUGGGCAAGGAACCUUCCUCUAAAGAGUCUUCGUCUGGAGAGCAAAUUGCCAGCUUUGGUGCAGAAGAGGAAGUCAACGAGCAACUAGUCAAAGAGGGUACUUCGCAACCAACUGUUUCUACGGCUUCCAAGCCAAAGAAGAAGACGCCGAGGGGGAGUCACAACUUGAAGGAGUUCUGCUACGUCGUCACUAGGCAUUCUGAUAGAGGCCGCCCUGUGUCGCCGGAAAAGGCACAAAAGACCUUCCCAAACACCUGUGGAGCCAUUGCUCGUAAACAUUGCAAAAUCACCGACGAGUGGAAUGACAUUAAUGAUGUCACUAGAGAUCUUUGCUUCCAGGACGUGCACAAGAGGUUCCAAGUCAGUGAUGAGUGGCGGGAGAGAUUUCGAGCGGCAGCCAACAUAGCACUGCGGAGAGGUCUCAGUAAUUGGAAAACUACUGCUAGAAAGUGGCUGGACAAACCCUACGAAUUGGUCAAGAAGAAAUGGCCGUCGAUAACUGAUGAGGCCCAAUGGGAACAAUUCAAGAAGGAAUCGGCUGACCCUGCCUUCAUUGCGAAGAGUGAAUUUAUGAAGGCAUUGCGUGAUAAGAAAAAGUUCAACCACAGGCUUGGGAGUGCGGGGAAAGAGGGGAAGAGCAAGAUCUGGCGGAAGCAGGACCGUCAGCUGGAGGCGGAAGGGAGGGUGCCUCCUGUGCAUAACAUGCUGCAGGACCAACGCGCUAGAGAAUAUGCACGUCAACACAUGAAACCGGACGAGUGGGCGGGCAAGGAGCCAAUGCAAGAGAAUGUCAGAAACUUUGCGGAAAAAGCACACAAAUGGGAGGAGAAUAAGGCAAAGUCAGACUGCUCCGUUGACUCCGUUCAAAGCAAGAGGUGGGAGUCAGCUGUGACAGCCGGCUUGGAAAAGGCUGAGCACACGGGCCGUGUAUUUGGGGAAGGCGAAGGGGCGGCCUGGGACGAUUAUUUCCUGCCGGCUCCGAAGCAAAGCAGGGGCCAGAAAAGGAAGGCCACGGAUGAUGAAAUAAUAGAACAAGCUAAGGCGGAGGCGCGAGUGGAGGCACGAGCGGAGGCAACUUUGGUGGGAAGAGAUGUUGCAGUGAUGGCUGUACAUCAUUUGCUAUCGGCCGUCGCCAAAGAGCACCCUGCCAUUCAAGGCUUACUUGCGGAAGGAAUGGACGGUCUGAGGAACCUCCUUCCUCCUCUUCCCCCGCCUAUGGCUCCGCCGAAGAGCAGCGCCUUCUCCGGCACACGUUUGGAGGAAGAGGACUACCACACCCCAGGUUAUAGCCCAGCUCGAAGCGUGGACAUCCCAGCUAGCCAACCGGAUCCAAGCAAGGGCAUCCGGGAUAACGAUCCGGGUCCGAGCGACCGGCCCCGGUGAAGUGCCGUCUUCAUGUAUAGCAUCAGUGUCGGUCGCGACAUGCCCGCUACUGAUACGCCCGCUGAUGCACCCCACAUCAGUGGCAAUCAGGUUGCGGCGGGCGGUCCUCCCGCCACUGAUGGCCUUUUACAUGCCCGUUACUAAUGUCAUGUUCUGUAGUAGUGCUACCCACUAGUUGUACAACUGUACCAGCACCAGCUUCUCCGUUCCCCUGGCAAAACCAAUCGCCAUGAUGUCUCUGCAGCUCCCCGCU